AUGAGGUUUCUUUCUCUUAUCCGUGGUCCGGGUCUAUCCGAUCGAGGCGGAGUCGAAGUCCCUCUAAACAGUCUUAUUUCUUUCCCUUCUCCACUGUUCAUCCUAUCCAAACGGAAUUGGACACGGAAUCUCAUAGAUGGUUCCGUACCUCCGCCGCUCCCACUCUAUAAAAUCAGCACCACAAUCUAUGAGAUUCCAGCAGUGUGCUUGCUCUCGCUCCAAUGGGUUGCAACAACCAACUUCCAGUUUGUUGCUGUGGUGACAGCAGCAUUGAUCAAGAGGACCCCCGUCUGGCCCUGCUCGACACUCUAUGCGGGUUCUACCUACGUGGAGGCGCUCGACCGCCUUCCCAUCCACGACUACCCGAAUCUGGUGCACUGCCUCUCCGUCGCCGGCCACUGCUACGGCCUCCUGGAGCCGGUCUGCAACAUCAUCCUCCACGCCAUCGCGCACGGCGGCCCAAGCGACCUGCAGGGACCGUACAAGAGGGAGGACAUCACCGCCGAAUUCCUCAGCAAGAUACGCAGCAGCUGGUACUGGCUGCGGACGGCAGAGAGAUCUCUGGACGGCCUCACUGCGUUCUUGAUGAGCUGGUAUCGCUACCUCACAUUGGACCAGGCUGUGGGGUACCUCUAUUUGGCCAAGGCUGACCUCUACCUCGCCAUGGAUCUUGUCGAGCGGGAAUACCACACGCAGUGCGUGGUUGAGGAGGCGCUGCCGCCGCCCGCCUUUGACGAUGACGCCUGGUUUCUCACGAUCAGGGACUCGCUCAUGUACGCUCCGAGCACCCCAACCCUGACGGCCUGGUCGCGCUCGCGACGGAGACGUUUGGUGCUGACCAUGUGGACAAGAUUGCGGCAUGGCUGCUGCAUACCGAUCAGGUCUGCCGCAAGAUCACUGUCGACGACAUCUACAACUCUCUGAUGCAUGGGAGAGCACUGGACGGCCAGGCCAGUAUCUCUACAGCCUGCGGUUGAGCUACCCUGACACUGAUGGUUGUCAGAAUCUAAACACAUGCAUCCACCGCUGCUCAUCCCUACUGUGUUGGGACUCGGCAGAGCACAAUGUCUCUCCUGCGAUUACAUAAAGAGAAUUGAGGCACUGCUCGUCGAUUACAGCCAUGCGCUGCACCUCAGCGCAAUAUCCCGGCUGUCGCCGGCUUCAGUGACGGCGCUGCACCAUGGGCUAGUGGUCGCAGGUUACUCGUACGGUCCACUGGAGGACCCGUCUUCAACAUCCUCCUCAAUGCGAUAUGGUAUCAGCUCAACUUUCCAGCAGGUGAAAAUGGAAACUGUGUAUCAUUGCCACCCGUGGACACGAUCUGCACUGACCGGAUGCUUCGUAAGAGCAAGUAUUAUGGUGCCAACGAGGCGGGCGAAAUAAGCAUCCACGUCAGAAAAAUCUAUGCUGGCAGAGAGAGAAGUGGAGAGAGAAAGAGGAACAGGCGCUCCGCUACUCGCCGGCCCCUUGCUGGCCGAAUCACGCGGCUCGAGACGAAAACGUCUGGGUACAUGCGCAGAACCAGAUGUGUCCUAUCAUCCUCCGAUCCCGUGUGCUGAUUUAUCCAUGUGCCAGGUAUAUAUGUGUGCUGACCACAGAGAUGUUGAACACAAUAGAUCGUAAGCAUAUACAAGCAUUAAUUAUUCCUAUUUUAAAUACAGUUCACCUCUUCCAGCCAAAUCAUAAUAUGAGCCGGCUAAAUUGCAAGCGUUGUAUGACAUGGCAGUUCUUUUAGCUGGCAACCGGUGUUAUUAUAAGUCUUGCUCUAAUGGGUUCAACGCCCUCACUGGCCAAGUCGUCUUCCUCUGCACCAAAUACGGCAUGUCCGGGCACGAUGCCUUGGAGUAUCUCUACUUUACUAACUGUAACCUCCGUGCCGCGGUAGAGCUGGCUGAAGGGGCUGGGCACCAUGCCGUAAGCUCCAGUGACUUGUCUGCUACUGAGGCCGCAGUCAAGGCUAUGAAGCACCCCAGGCAGGCUGCCAUGAUGGCACUCAUGGAUUCUUUGACGCCUGCAUUAGAAGCCAAGCUGUGUGAUCUCCUGCCUGCGAGAGGCCAUGAGCUAUCCAGUAAGGCCAUAGAUAGCAUCUCCAUGUUACUGUAUUCUCAUGUCACCCUUCCCGUCUUCAAGUCACCACCGCCUGCGAUGAUGAUGCACAAAAGGGCCCUGGACAAAAUAGCCGAGGAGAAAAGGGUUUUCGAAAGGAAACAAAGGUUCCUAAUGGACAUGGUCCGAUCCUUGCUGGACGAAAACUACAAGGUUGAUGUUACGAAGGAAAAUAGGCUUAGUGAUCAAUUUCCAUAUUUAUUAAUUAAAUUAAUGAUAUCAUUGUGAUGUCAUUAGGCAGUUACAAACAUCACGAAGGGGCCAUUCACGAAGGGGCCUGUCCCUUUAUGAAUAGACACCCUUUCUCCUCUUGUACAUAUAAAUAUUGUGGUCUAAACCAUCAAUUAAUACAAUCAAUCAUUCAUUA